AUGGCCAAGCAAGAAGGGGACAUGUCCAUUGCGGUGGCACCAUCAAACAAUGAUAGCAUUCAAGCUGAUGAGAAUGUUCACCAGGAGGGAAACCUCGAAAAACAACCAAGCCUUUCCAGCCUUCAGCCUGGAGUCUAUAGGGCUGAUGUGCUUCGAAAGGCCUGGACUAAGCAAGGCUUGAUCAUUGUCUUUACAGGACUGUUUUUGUGCACAUUGGCUAUCAAUUUCGCCGAUUAUUCAACCCAGGUGUACGCUGCAUACACAACCAGUGACUUCAAGCAGCACUCUGCCAUGAGUGCAGCCCGGGUGGUCAUGAACAUUGCGCGUAUUUCCGCCUAUCCCGUUGUUGCAAAGUUGGGCGAUGUUUUUGGUAGAGCUGAAAUGUUCAUCUUGUCCAUUCUGAUGUCUGUUUUGGGUUAUGCCAUUUGGGCAGCCUGCACGAACAUUACGCAAUACAUAGUUGCCGGUAUCUUCGACGCUAUCGGAUCGACUGGGUUCGCCCUCACACAACAAAUCUUUGUGGCAGAUAUGACCUCGUUGGUCAAUCGCGGUAUCUGGUCAACUUUACCUGACUCUCUCACCACAAUUCCGACUCUUUAUCUUGGUACCAUCGUCGCUCAGCGCAUUCUCGAUCAUUCAACAUGGCGGUGGGGAUGGGGCAUGUGGGCGAUUAUCUUGCCCGUUGCAUCACUACCAUUGAUCGGUACCAUGCUAUUUUAUCAACGUCGGGCACCAUCUCCAGUAUCUGUGUCUGAGGCAUUGGGCUGGAAAACUAACGAUGCCUGGUGGAAGAAGGUGUACCGAUUGUUUUGGAUUGAGCUUGACUUGCCAGGCGCUGUUCUCCUUGUGGCUGGAUUGUCUCUCCUUUUGGUUCCUUUGUCCUUGACGGGCUCUAAUAACAGUGGCGCGUGGACCAACGGGUCGUUUAUCGCUAUGCUGGUCCUAGGCGUUGUUUUCAUAAUAGCGUUUUUAGGUUGGGACACGUGGUUUGCGAAGAAACCAUUUGUGCCUUAUCGUAUGGUCAAGAACCGCACAGUCGCUGCUGCAUGUCUUCUUGGGGCAUUGGAUUUCUUCCAUUAUUCAGUGUUCAGUGUCUUCUUCACAAGUUACCUUCAGGUGGCUGGUAACUUCUCGGCGGGACCUGCAACCAGAAUUGAGUACAGCCCCCCCCAUUUCUUACUGGCUACGCUUGCUGCUGUCUUUCCUUCUCAUGAGACUGACUUCGAGUUUAGUAACUCCCUCCGUGUGGCCUUUCAGGUGGCCGGCAUAUUUGCGGCUUUCUUCAUGAAGUAUACCAAGCGCUCCCAGAUUUGGGUGCUGAUCGGAGUUCCGCUCUGCGUUCUUGGAAUGGGUGUACUUCUCUAUCUAGUAGACAUGGGAGAUGGCCGCAGUGGGAAUGAAGCAUCUUUCGUGGCAGCCAAAUCAUUGAUUGGUAUUGGUCGUGGGUUCUACCAAACAGCUGCACAGGUCUCAGUUCAGGCCGUCGUCUCGCGACAGGAUGUUUCCGUUGUUACUGCAGUAUUCUUCGCAUCGAUGAGCGUGGGUGGUGCAAUUGGCACAAGCGUCGCCGGGGCAAUAUGGCGAAACACUCUCCCAAACAAGCUGCAGCAAUAUCUUCCUAGUGAGCUGAAGGGUCAAGCCAAUGCUAUCUUUGGAUCAAUUGUGGUAGCUCGAAAAUAUGCCAUGGGCACUGAAGCUCGGGAUGCCAUUAAUCGCAGCUACCGAGAGUCGCAGAGACUACUUGCGAUUGCAGGCCUCGUUUCACUUUCCUUGAUGCUAAUUGUGAUGUUGUUCCUGAAGAAUGUGAAACUGGGUGAAGAUGGAAGGACGGAAAGAGAGGCAGAAGAGAAAGAUCAAGCUCAUGAGGCUGCAAAGAAGGAAGCUGAUAACAGUCACACCUGA